UCUUCAGGGAUGAUGUCACGUGGACAUAUCACGUGAGUUGAUCGAGUCUUAACAAAUAUACUGAGGGCUUGAUGCAUGCUUCUGGUAUCCCCUCCUCGGUUCUCGAUUAUACUGAUUCUGUCUAGUAGAUAUGGGAAACGACGGAGGAUCAGUCCCGACGCGCCGCGAGCUGGUCAAAGACUCUGCCCGCGAAGCCACCUCGUCCCAGAUCUUUGAACGCAACCAGCUCGCCUCCGAAUUCGCCUGGCAGACCUGUCGCCUGAGUCUGAAACCGCUCGAACUACCGCUCGUGAGCGAUUUCCUUGGCAGGCUGUAUAACAAGGACGCGGUGCUGGAGUGGUUGAUUGCGCCGGAGACGUACGGCGAAGGCGAGGUGCUUGUGCCGCAUAUCAAGAGUUUGAAGGACGUGGUCGUGCUGAAGAUUGCAAAGGAUGAGAGUACCGGCAAGUGGAUCUGUCCGGUGACGGGCAAGGAGAUGAAAGCGGGCGGGGCAAAGUUCGUGUACCAUGCUGAAUGCGGGCACGUUUUCGCCGAGAGCGCGUUGAAGGAGAUUGAGGAAGACGAGUGUCUUGAAUGCAGCACUGCGACUGCCAAAGAGAACUUGAUUGUGAUAAAUCCGGUGCUGGACAGCGAUGUGGAGAAGCUAAAGGCGCGGAUGGAAAGGUUAUCAGCAGACGGGCUCACGCACGCGUUGAAGUCUGCGUCGGCGGCGAAAAAGAAGCGCAAGCAGGGCGACGGGGAUGGGAAGAGCAAGAAGAAGGAGAGCGGUAAGAAGAAGCAAAAAGCGGAGAAUAGCAAGGAUGUGGAUCCGCAGAGAGCUCUUGAUAGCGUGCAGGAGCACAGCAAGAAGCAAAGGAAGGCUGUUGAGGUCUAAUUUUCAUCUUUCUGCGUUCUUGACUCUCAUGUACAUUAACUCCAUCUUCUUAUCUUUUACCAUUGUCCCAUAUACUUGUUUUCUAUCACUUGGUUGGCGUUUACCAUUUUGUACAAUAGCAGUGCAUCAAUAUCAGUCUAAAACCACAUUUAAGGGUUUAAGCCGCAUCAAAUUAUUUUCAAUAUCAGAAACC